GAAACCUCGUUGCUAGUCUGCCCCAUUGUCUAUCUACUGCGACCGAACUACACAGACCACUUUAAAGCAGAUACCCAGCAAUGAAGCACCCCAGCAGCCACUUCAUCCUUCUCGUAUCCUUUGUUAACGUGCAUGCAGGAUGGAACUGUUUUAAAAACUGCAAAAAAGAAAAACCCUCCCCCCAACCAACACCAAGUAUUUGCCUGAAACCACCUGUCCUCGGAUACUGCAAACCAUUGCUCAAUGCUUGGUACUAUGACAAUAAUAAAAGGCAGUGUGUGAAAGUUGAUCCCACCCUAUGCGGCACUGGCAGCAACCUCUUCGGGACGCUGGAGCAAUGCAAAAAAGUCUGCGAACAUCCUGUUGGACAAGCGCAGAUUAUCUGCCUGACACCACCGGUACUUGCCAGCUCUAGUCCGUUGCUACAGUCUUGGUAUUUCGAAGUUGACUGCGCUUGCUGUAAAAGAUUAAACUAUACCUUAGGCGCCGCAAGCAGCAACAAAUUUGAGACAGAGAAGAAGUGCCAAGAGUUUUGCCAACCGAACCAUAAGCCGAAAGCGGUAUGCAGCGCAAUACCAGAAUCUCAGUUGUGCUUGCUUACAAAAAGAUUUUUCAAGAACUGGUACUUCGAUGCAUCAAAAAACACCUGUCAUCGUUUUGGCAAAGGUCGCUGUGCCAAAAAUAGCAAUGGAUUUACAUCAUUCAAAACGUGCAUGAAACGAUGCAGUUGCUUCAAGCACACGGCAUGGAACGAGACGGCAACUUCUCACAGAAAACCAGAAUAGGAAAUAGUGUUUGCUACGCUUCCUGGAUAAUUAGCUGAUACAUGUUUAUAAUUAACUCUUGUUCAAGAAUUCUAGAAACAAUCAGCGACUUCGAAUUAACCUCGUAUUAAUUAUACGAAAGACAGUGAACCGGAUCAAAUAUCAGAAAAAUUAUUUUAAGUAGUGUCUGUAGAACCAGUUGUCACAUACCACUGUAAAAUAUUUCCACUCAGUACUGUGCUAAUAUUCUAUCUUUUGCAUUGAAAAUUAAUCACCUACUAUGUGGAAUACUUUGUGGCAGUUUCAAUAAACCUAGCUGUUGCUUAGGUGUUA